CGUUUUCCAAAGCAUACCUUUUGAUAAAUGGCAGAAAUUGAAAACCACAGACCACAAAGGAACUCUAUUCGUUUCGACGAUGGGACCGACUUUAGAACCUUGGCCUCACUUGAUGGAUCUACCAUUAAUGAUGUUCCACAUAAUUCUAAUAGGCGGAGAAGUAUUGACGCUCAUUUGCGUCGCAAAAUCCUUAUAGCCUAUGACAACAGCGAGUUCAGUCAAAAAAUGUUUGAGUGGUCGUUGGCCCAAGUAUUGCGCUCUGACAACGAUCAUGUUGUUUUGGCUACUGUUUUGGAUGUCCAGGAGUCCACAUACUUUCAUCGUAAUUGGGGUGCUGACUCAAAUGCAGGAUUUCGAGGAUCGGCACGAAGAUUGUCUAUUUCAGAGUCUGAUCAAGCCACGCUCAAAUUGAAGCCUCUAGUCGAACGUCUGGUCCAGCGUGGGAUGACUGCUCAAAUCCAUAUCCUCAAAGGCGAUCCAAAGCAUGAAAUUGUAAGACUUUCCAAUGAGAUCGGUGCAGAUAUGGUUGUCAUCGGAUCGAGAGGCCUCGGUGCCGUUAAGCGACUUACCAUGGGCAGCGUAUCUGAUUUCUGUGUCCGUAAUGCUGAAUGUCCAGUUGUCGUCGUAAGGGAAAAGGCUCUCGAUUUAACACUAAGUCGAUCGAUGUCUCGUCGUCAAUCGCAGUAAAACAAAUAUGUGCCAUCGAUGAUGUGUGCAUAGUCACCUCAGAAUGAGGUUGUACAGUUGGUUGGUUACGUCCAUUCCAGCCUAACUAUCAUUCCAACACAAUAUCCUAGUAGCUUAUUUUUUCCAAUAGCCAAAUCAGUAUACUCAUAUAUUCCAUAUUUUCAUAUUAAAUUUGUCUUAGCCUAAGCGAUCGAUGACUGCAGA